UUCUACAUAAUUCUCUUCCACCCACUGCCCUCCCUUCCUGUUGGCCUCUCAGUCGGGAAAUAUCUGGGGGAGUUGGUCUAGUUUAGAGAAAAAGUAGAAUGGAUACGUGCUACUUCUCCAUCCACCUUUUUUAUUUUCCUCAUAUCUGUCGGGAGACUUGUGUGCAGACAGGCGACUAGAAUCACAAUGUCAUCAGAGGAUCAUAGGAAUGUUGGCGGCAAAUCAGAAGAUUUCACAGUGGCAGUGCCUGAUGUGUGGCCAGAGGUGGAGAGGGCAGUGCAUUUGGCCCGAGGGGCUGCACUGAAGUGGGCAUCGGUCAUUUUCUGUCGACCUGAACAUCUGAAACGACUGAACCAGUACAGUAAGAGCGAGAGUGAGAGAACUGCCUCCAUGCAUACCAGACUCAAGGUGACAGCAAUGGAACACACCCAGAUGUUGAUGGUCCAUUCGUACUUGGAAGAAGUGGGCUGGGGUAUGGUUCAACUCCGAGAGGCACUGGCUGAACUGAGCGAGCCAUCUCAGACUUUAAAGAAAGCUGGAGUGGAGUUCAACAGAAAUCAAGAUGAAAUGAAAUCUUUGGAGAGGCUGAGAGCAGUGUCAGUCAACCACCGUCAGCUCUUCACCGCAGUCAGCUACCUGCCAAGACUUUACUCUGUUGGGAGCAUGGUUUUGCAAACUGAGCAUCUGGUGGAGUCAAGAAAACUCCUGGAAGCCCAUGCCUACCUGAUGAAACUGGAACAGUGGCAGGAUGACAUACUCUGGCAGCUUCAGGGAGCUGCUGGGAUGCCAGGAAAUGAGCUCAGCACUGAAGACCAAGAGCUGGUGUCCAAAUACUUCUUUGGUGUUAGGAAGCUGGUGAAGACUUUGGGAAAGGAGCUGUGGGCAGUCGUGAGCAAUGCCUUGGCUGUGGUUCGCCAAAACCCCACAUCAUUUGUUUCAACUGUGAGGAUUAUAGAGCGAGAAGAAGCUAUUGACAGAAUUCUGCUGGAGGAACAAGCUGAGGGCAAUGCUAGGCCCCUACCACCUGGACGACCUCGUUGCUGGAGAGCAUGUUUUUUCAAGGUACUAGAGGAGGCGGUGACUGCUCCAUUUCGUAGUGUGUCUUUCCUUCCCACACAGGGCCCAGGUUUGGCAAGGCACCUCUCUAAUCUGCAGCAUGCGCUCAUGGAUGAUCUGGCGACAGUACGGCACUUGUUGGAGCCCUGUGUCCCAUCACAUUACCGCCUAACCAGAGCCUACAUUAGGGCGAGUCACCACUGUUUACAUGCUCACUUGACACAGGUUAGCAGUUGGGACCUGGAGAGCGGUGAGAUUUUUGCUCUGCUCAACUGGGUACUACAUAUCUACAACAGCUCUGAAAUGAUGGGUCAUCCAGAGCUGCUCUAUGAAAUGCAAGGAGAAAAGCUGGAACCUCUGAUCUCUCCUGAGGGAUUAGAGCAACUUCAGAACAAAUAUGUCACACGCGUUCGGAAGAAUGUGUCUGAAUGGAUGCAAAAAGCUCUGCAGGUGGAGCUGCAAGACUGGCAAAGGGACCAGGAGCCAGAUACAGACCACGAAGGUUUCUACCAGACCAGCCUACCAACAAUCAUCACUCAGAUGUUGGAGGAAAAUGCCCGUGUGGCCCUAUUGAUUGGCGAAGCCCUCAGAAACCAAACAAUCCAAAUGGGACUGUAUGAGAUGGAAAAUCUUCUCAACAGAUUUCGAGAAGCUCUGAUGGAUUUUUGGAAAGAGCGUCGCAGCGAUCCAUUGAACAGCAAAAGCAAGUUCUACCUCCACUAUCUCCUCGCUUCCAUUAGCAACUGUAUCAUUCUCAAAAAGUCUACAGAGAGCCUUCAGCAGCAACAGUCAUCCGGCAAAAUAGGACUGUUCUCACGGACUCCUCCCAACCCACUGGCAGGUCUGGAUCGAGUAGUACGGAGGGCUUGUCGCAUAGUAAUGGAUCAGCUGCUGUUGGACCUAAAGCCAUUCCUCACUGGCCUACUGACACGGCCCUGGCUAGUCCAGGGAGAGCCCACUCCUAAACUCUGCCACAUCCUGCAGUAUCAUCUGGACCUGUACAGCCAUGUUCAACCGCCCUGCCGACAGCGGCUGCAGGAGGAGGCCCAGUGGUUGAUGGUGGUGGAGUAUGUCAAAGCACUGAUGCAGAAGAGGCUGAUAUGUCGCAGUGCUGAGGAAAGGAGAAAAUUCACUCAGCAGAUGGUCAAAGAUAACCAACAAUUUGGAGACAUUUUCCAUGAUUUGGAAGGUGAUGGGUUAUUAUCUGAAGUGAAACCAUUAAACCUACUUCCAGUCUUGGCUGACUUCAUCAAACUCAAAGACCCCAGCAUGCUCCCUCUUGAGGUGUCUGGCCUUGCAACAAAAUAUCCCGACAUCAGUGAAGAACAUGUGUCUGUGUUGCUGGACAUCCGUGGUGACAUCUCCAGGGACAUAAGAGUAUCGGCGCUGGAGCUUCUGCAACACAGUACCGCCCCUCUGCCACCUGGAUACCGCCCGAUCUUCACAGAUAUCCAGGUUCCACCUUCAACAAUGGCCUUCUGCCUGCCAACUGCCAAAUGUGCAUGAUGAUUGACUUCGCAGUCAGUUAUAUAUAUGUAUGUAUAUAUUUUUUUGAUACGAUAAAAAAGCUACAAUAUGUGUUUCUGACGUACGGUCCUUUUUCAUGGCAUCUCAGUUUCAAGCCAAUGUCUAUCUAGUACAGAAAUUCAUCAUCAAACGUUGAGCUUGUUAGAAUAUGUAGUCAAGGAGAAUACGCUACAGCUUAGUUACUAAAAGAAUUUGAUUUUUGGUUUUAGGCUCGAGCUGAGCGAUGAGAAGAAUUUGGUUUUAUGGUUUUGGUUGUUGUUGUUGACUGAGCAAAUAAAGAUAUUCAUGAAGAA